AUGACGACUGAGCCGUCAGAUGCGCCGAACAAAGAAGCCCAGCAGUAUUGGGGCUACCUGCUCAAGCCCGACAAAUGCGGUACAGACCUGUUCAACAGGCUGCUGGAAGGCACAGCGAACUUCAUUUCUACACACUUUGAGCCGUCCGACAGUCAUGAUCUAACGCCGGCACAGCUUGCGGCGUUCUACAGAGCCGUCGGGGGGCACUAUGACGUAUUAUUCGCAGAAACACCACCUUCCUCGAUCGCUUUCAUAUACAAGUCGCUCGGAUGCCUCCAUUCACUCCAGCCAAGCCCAACCGACGACGGCUACGACUCUCCCACAAUACCCGCCCUCAAGAUCAAAGGCUUCAUAACAUGGCAGACGAUCCAGCUCCUGCUGUGCCCCGAGGAACACGUCCCCUUCCUACAAAAAGCUGUCCUCGACUUUGAUAUCAUAGACCCCGCAGAUGGCAAACCCUUUCCUAAGCUCCUCCCCAAGGAGAGCUUCCCGGAGAAGCCGGACCCUGCCAUGGUACAAUGGUAUGAGGGGGUGGCAGACCGGUUGCGAAAGGAAGCAGAGGCAGAGGAACAGAGGGGAGAUGCUAGAAGGGCUGACGUCGACGUCGACGACCCCCGAGUGACCGGCGACUCGUCGGCAGACAGCUCUGCAGAUGAGCGACAUGGCGCGGAGGCCUAUUUCAGAGAUCCUCUGUACCGCAAUCGCCGGGGCAGGCCGACAAUCAUUCACACGUACUCCCGCCAA